GGUGACUCCUUAGAGCCAGCCCGGCUUCCGACGUCACUGCCUGAAAGAGACAAAACAAGCUGUCUCCAGCCGGCCUCCCACUCGCGCACGCCUGCACCUGCCAGCGUGUAGGACACGCCAGCCAAGAGCCUCACACACACACCGCUCACAUUACCCCCGGAACCAGCAGCGUCCCCCUCUCUGCGCUCACCUGGCCAGCAGGAGGAGGGUGGAGGAGGAAGGGGAGGACGGCGGCGAAUCGCACGGGAGGAGCGCAAACGGCGGCUGACGAUACGGAAAGAGCGGAAAAGCCGCACCUGUCCGUGUCGAAGAGCUUUUCAGGACCCGGACAGCUCCCUGGCACGAGAGUGCGCGUGCGUGUGUGUGUGUGUGUGCGGCAGCAGUUUGAGGAAGAAAGGACAAGCCGUGGGGGAGCCGAGCCAAGCCCCCGCCAUGGCCGGCGUGCAGCAGGGUGAGAAGCUGCUCUUUGAAAAGUUCUGGAGAGGGACCUUCAAAGCUGUGGCCAGCCCGAGACCAGAGAGCAUCAUCGUCACCAGCAUCACGGCAUGCCGGAGGCCAGUGACACACUCUGAACCGUCGACCUGCCAAGCGGACAAUGCAGUCGAAAAGAAGGGGAGGCCAGCAGAUGUGGAGGUGGAUGUCGUGGAGAAGAAUGGACACGUCAAAGGCAGGGAGACCAAGCACCGGGGUCACCGGCGGGUGCGCAGUUUGUCUUUUGAUAACGAUCUGUCCCCUCGACCUACACCGAAGGGAAAGAAGAAGAGGAAGAAGUCACAGCGAAAGCGUAGGAGGAAAAGGUCUCCCUCAUAUAGCAUCUCGCCUGUCCGAAAAAAGAAAAAGAAGAAGAGCUCGAAAAAGAGAAAGCGACACAGGUCAGCCUCCAAGAAGCGAAGGCACAGCUCAUCAAGCCUGAAAAGCAAACGAAAGGAUGACAAAAAGCACAAGAAAAGAUCUCGGAGCCGCUUACACAGGAGACGCCAGCGCCCCCGUAAGUCAGACUCAGAGAGUUCUGCUUGCCGGUCCUCCAGCCCUGAUGUCAGGCGUCUGCACAGGUCUCGGUCGGAAAGUCCUGCCAGGCAGCCGGGCCGUAAAGGGAAGGAUCGCACAUCCACCCAGCAAAUGGUGCUCAAGCUGGGGCCGCCGACCGCUCCAGCCUGUAAUACCCCACCCAUGCACCGCCCAGCCCCCUCCGACGGCACCAUUGUGCACUCAGGCUCUGCAGUUGGAGUUUUUACCCAAAAGGGGAUCGGCCGCAAUGUUCUGUCCACUCAAAACAAAGGACAGCAAGACUAUGACUCCGGCAACGACACAUCCUCUCCCCCGUCAACCAAAACCAGCCUGUUGAGGUCAAAGGUCAGCGAGGAGAAAAGCAGCCUUUGUCAAAUAGGGUCACGUUCCCCAGAGAAGUCGAGGUUCACAGGUGGUGAUAACUCCUCUGAUUCGGGACACUCGAUGACCAGUUACUCCUCCUCGUGCAAACCUCUGCCACUGGACAGUGGUACGACAUUCAUUAAUGGGAGCAGCAGAGGCAUGUUGACUCCUGCAGUUUGUGGGGGAGGUUGUGGGAGGCCCAAGGCAUCCAGAGUCACUCCUGGUCAGAAUGUGACUCCUCCACGCAGGCGGUCUGAGACUCGAUCCCGAAGCAGCCGGAGCCGGAGCAGGUCCUCGCGGAGCUCCCGCUUCUCAUCCCGCUAUUCCCGCAGUCGGUCACCAUCUUCAGAAAGGAGGUCAUACUCUCGGACGCCCAGUUCUUCGGGAAGAUCCAGACACAGCAGUGUGGAGAGUGGAAGUUUCCGUCGAAGUCCCAGUUACUCCAGAUACAGUCCAAGGAGGGCUCAAGAGUCACAGAGAGAUCACAAGAGGUCAAAACGGGAACGGCGGAGAAAGAGGUCGUACUCUCCCAUGAGGAAGCGAAGGAGGGACUCGCCGAGUCACCUGGAGGCCCGGAGGAUCACCAGCGCCAGAAAGAGGCCAAUCCCCUACUACCGGCCCAGCCCCUCCUCCAGCAGCCGCUCCACCAGCUACUCGUCCUGGAGCAGCAUCUUCACACGCAGCCGGAGCAGGAGUGCCAGUCGGAGCUGCUCCACCUACAGGAGCUACAGCCGCAGCCCGUCCUGGAGCUCCAUCAGUGUGCGGAGCAGCAGCUAUGACUCUGUGGGCAUCUACAGCCGGGCUCACCGCUAGCCAGGCCCACACCCACAGCCUAAUGAGCAGUGUUAAUGGCACCGGCCGAAUCAGAACUGGUACCAAACUUUUGACUCUCCUGCUUGUAUGCUUCGGAUGUAGAAGAUAUCAGCCAGUGUUCUCUGGUACCUUGUUUUAACCGUCAUUGUGUCUCGUAUUAGGACAGUGGUGUUUGUUUUGGCUGUUGAUGAAGAAGCAAGGAUGUACAGUUGGUCUUUUGUCCCCCUUAAAAUGACACCGUGAGAAAACGGCCUGGGUCCCAUCUGGGAUGUUGAUCCAGACCCGAGUGGCUUUAAGCAUGGAGUCUGUAGCAGUUAUAGAGGGUUCACAGAGACAUUUCGUUAGAUGAGUGGCUGUAUUAAGAAUUGGCAAAUACAUUGCAAAAAAUAUUAAGAAAUAUUAAAGCCAUCCUUAUUUCUUAGUUACUUAUGGGAUUGCACAUUAAUAAUAGCGGCUCAAAGUCACCUUUGUUUUCAUUAUGCAGAUGCACAACAAAAUCAGGCUUGCUGCUUUAAGGAAGGUUGAAAACCUUGGUUAUGGCUCAUAACUCCAAAUUUAGUGCGACCCCUUAAAUUAUGAGCUAGGCAGUUCAUGCUGAAUUUCUUUGUGUAGUUUUGAUGCCUAACACUACCCAUAGCCAGACUGAUACCGAUAUCAUACCAAACUGAUACUGAAUAUAUUUGCUCAAAGGGGAAACUGGAAAACAGGCUCUUUUGAAGACUGGAGACACAGUGGAGGGUGAGACGUUAUAAACGUGUGGAUGAUUUCAUUACGAUCUUAGAACACUGAUAUUGUUUUUUUUCCAGGCCAAAAUAUUUAGCGUUUUGAUACUUCUUGUGCUGUGAAUUUGUCAGAGUUCCCCAGCUUUGACCAUUGUUUGAGAUGCCUUGGGCCUCAUAUAUAUUUUAUUUCCAGUUUUAUAUUUUUAUAUAUAUUUUUAUUUUAAUUAAGUUUAUUAGUAUUUACAUUACAGCACAUUCUGGUUUGUAAAAGAAAAAUGAACUACUAUGGUCAUCCAAGCCAGAAUUAAAGCUUUAAAACACUGCUCUAUAGUCACAAGAACCAAAAUAUCACUCUACACAGCUCUGGCUAAAUGUGAAAAGGACUGGUUAGGGUGUAAAGGCUAGGUGCCCGACAGCUGUAGGUGGUGGAGAAUCCCCAUCCAGACAUCCUAAAGCAGUGUAUGGAAAGUCCAUAUGGACUCUGGGGCAGGAUUGGCAAACGGAAGCUAUAGGGAAGAGAGCAAUUCUUAGGGUGCUGCUCUGUGGUGUCAGACAGCGAGGCUGUAAGCCAUUGCCUGAGCCUGGAGGUGUUCAUCAGCCAAAUUACAGUGCAUUAUCACCUGGAGGUGUUGUCAGACAGAUUACAGUGCAUUAUCACCUGGAGGGGUUCAUCAGCCAAAUUACAGUGCAUUAUCACCUGGAGGUGUUGUCAGACAGAUUACAGUGCAUUAUCAUCUGGGGGGGGGAGGGGUCCAUCAGACAGAUUACAGUGCAUUAUCACCUGGAGGGGUUCAUCAGCCAAAUUACAGUGCAUUAUCACCUGGAGGUGUUGUCAGACAGAUUACAGUGCAUUAUCAUCUGGGGGGGGGGGGGUCCAUCAGACAGAUUACAGUGCAUUAUCACCUAGAGGUGUUCAUCAGCCAAAUUACAGUGCAUUAUCACCUGGAGGUGUUGUCAGACAGAUUACAGUGCAUUAUCACCUGGAGGUGUUGUCAGACAGAUUACAGUGCAUUAUCACCUGGAGGGGUUCAUCAGCCAAAUUACAGUGCAUUAUCACCUGGAGGUGUUGUCAGACAGAUUACAGUGCAUUAUCAUCUGGGGGGGGGGUCCAUCAGACAGAUUACAGUGCAUUAUCACCUAGAGGUGUUCAUCAACCAUAUUACAGUGCAUUAUCACCUGGAGGGGUUCAUCAGACAGAUUACAGUGCAUUAUCACCUAGAGGUGUUCAUCAACCAUAUUACAGUGCAUUAUCACCUGGAGGGGUUCAUCAGACAGAUUACAGUGAAUUAUCACCUGGAGGUGUUCAUUAACCAGAUUACAGUGCAUUAUCACCUGUAUAGGUUCAUCAACCAGAUCACGGUGCAUUAUCACCUGGAGGUGUUCAUUAACCAGAUUACAGUGCAUUAUCACCUGGAGGGGUUCAUCAGACAGAUUACAGUGUAUUAUCACCUGAAGGUUUUCAUCAGACAGAUUACAGAGCAUUAUCACCUGGAGGUGUUCAUCAAACAGAUUACAGUGCAUUAUCACCUGGAGGUGUUGUCAGACAGAUUACAGUGCAUUAUCAUCUGGAGGGGUCCAUCACACAGAUUACAGUGCAUUAUCACCUAGAGGUGUUCAUUAACCAGAUUACAGUGCAUUACCACAUGGAGGUGUUCAUCAGCCAGAUUACAGUGCAUUAUCACCUGGAGGUGACUAAUUGGUGUCUAAGAUAAUGUGUUCUUCAAUAGUACACUAGACUGUAGUUUAGACUGAGCAUUAAAUAAUUGAGAUGAGUUUUUAUUUCAUAUUUAUUUUAUUUAUGGUUCUAUUUAUUUAUUUAUUUAUUUAUUUAUUUAUUUAUAGGACGGAAGUUAUUGGUCGCUUAAAGAUGAAAACCACUUGUUUUGUAGCGUUUUUCAAUGUUUCAUUUAGUUAUUGCUGAAUUAAUUCUAUUUGUAUAAUCCUAUCAGCCUAUUCUGGAACUGAUAAAACAAAGAAACUUGGCCCAUACAGUUUCAAGCUGCUGAGUUUAUCUGAUGUGUAUCUUGCCCUGAACAUACUUAUAUACUUUAUUUAUUCAGACCUUCCGUUGAUUGCCAGGCAAAUGAGGGUCAAAUUUAUUUAUGGGAGGAAGUUAUUCAAUGCACAUUAAUUUUUUUAUGGUUCACAUGUAUUUUCCGUAAUUUAUUCAGGCUUUUUAUAUGUGAUGGAAUGCAGUCGUGUUUUUUUUUAUAUAUAUCUCGAUAUUUAUUUUUGAAAAAAAGUCGUGUUUCAAAGAACCGUCACAAACUGCAGACUGAACGAAGACUUGCAGCACGUGAGAGUGAUUUUACAGCUUUUUCAGGGUUUUGUGAAAAUGCAUUAAGAGUCAUAUCGGUGGGGGUGAUGGCAAUCGAUGUCAAGUGGCGAUCUGUUGUUGAAAGUACGUAUUAGACUGUUCUUUUUCGAAGCUUUUAAACACGAACUUACCUGGUCCUCAUACCGGGCAAGUGAUCCUGAAUGUUCUCAAACAGUAUACUUUGCCCAGAGCGUGUAAUUUCUUCAUAUAUGGCAAAUUUCAACUAAACCAAGUUGAUGAGGAAAAAAGUGCACUCCCUAUGCAUUGUAUAUAGGAGGAUUGCUACCUUAUGUGUAAGAUAUUGACUAACGGUCUGUCCAGUAAUUCAUUCUGAGGUUAAAAAGAUAAAAUAUUUCAUGGCACAAUACAGCGAUGCUUUCAAAGUGGACUACGUUAUAUGCUUUUUUAGAUAUGAGGUAUACAAUGAAGGAAAUAUUAAUAACUUUUUUGUUGUGUAAAUACACAUCUGUGAAAAUGGAGAGGGGGAUUUUAAUAUCCCUUCCACGUCACGCGCACUACAGAAUUAAUGUGAAAGUUUCUUUUUUCCCUGUGUCAAUAACGUCUGCCCAGUGAUAGUGACUCCAUAGACCUGCUUUGCGACUCUAAUGCAAUAACCCUGAAAAUUGUGAACUUACGCCAGCGAUUAUGCUUAAUUAAAACCAUAAGAUACUGUCUAGGUCCAAGGAACCGCUGGUAGAUACUUUGUUUUGGAAGAAAGUGCUACACUGCAUACAAACUCUCUGAAAAAUUAAGUGCAUAAUUCAAUUAGAUACAUAUUUUGUCACUUACUGUACGAAUAGGCUGAAGCAACCUACCAAGAUGGUAAAAACUGGGAUGAAUAUGAAUUUAAACUAAUUACUGGUGCAUUUGAAGUGUGUCAAAUCGGCUUUAACGUUACUCAGCUCAUGUUUAUAACAUGCCCGUCAGAUCCCCUUUAAUAGUCUUCCUCUUCAAUUUUGUGAACUUGUACAAUUUCCAAAAUAAAAGCUAUUUCAACAUCA